AUGGGUGAGUCCUGCAAUCAAUUCCAUUGCUUUCAGGCAGCAAAACCAAGACCUAAGCUGGAGGGAGUAUAUCUUGCAGACGAUGAUUCCAGAAUAUGUCCUCAAAAACAUGAACAUGGUCACUCUGGUAUCGGAACUUUGGACUGUCUGAAUCUCAAUGUCUACGUCCCUAGAAGUGCAUCACACAAGAAGGCUGUUUUAGUUUGGAUAUAUGGAGGAUCUUACAAGAAGGGUUUUUCUCUCAAACAGGUUUACGGACCUGAGUAUCUGGUCGCACAUGAUAUCAUAUUUGUAACGUUUAACUACAGGGUAGGUCCUUAUGGUUUUUUUUGUUUGGACACCAAAGAGGUCCCGGGAAACCAAGGUAUGAAAGACCAGGUCAUGGCUUUGAGAUGGAUCAGGGACAAUAUAGAAGCCUUCGGAGGUGAUAAAGAAAGAAUUACAGCUGCCGGUUGCAGCUUCGGCGCUGUAUCUAUCGAACUUCAUCUGUCUUCCAACCAAGAGAAACUCUUCAAUCAGGCCAUCAUUGAAAGUGGAACGCCCCAUAUGAGUGGUGCUGUGGGUACGGCGAAUCGGUCGUAUCCAUUUUUAUUAGCAAAACAUUUCGGAUACAAUACAACAGAUUUAACAAAAGCUCUAGACUUCCUCGGAAAGUUAUACCCACCGGAACUAGCUAAAGUGUCUUAUGAUCUUAUUGAAACAAAUUCAGUAUGCAUUGAAAAAGUAUUCGAUGGUGUUGAAAGUUUUAUAUCCCAACUUGAUUUUAAUAUAACAAAAGUUAAAUCAAUGAAUAUUAUUAUUGGUUAUAACAGCCAAGAAUCUCUUUAUAGAUUUACUCAAAUAGAACCUGAAAAUGAAGACUAUGAAAAACUGCAAAAUAUUUUCAAGUCAUAUACAAAGGACUAUUAUAUUUCGGGGAUUAUACGUCGUUACUACAUCGGGUAUGAUGAUAUUAGCAUUACAGUUAGAGAUAAGCUUAUUGAUUUCAGUUCAGACGCUGCUGUUGUUCAUUACAUUUGGCGAGAUAUUAAUAAUUUGAUAAAUAAAGGUGCCAAUAUAUAUAAUUAUUUCUUUACGUAUACUGGAGACAGGAACUAUAUUAAGUACAAGAAUAAUCUGACAUCUAGCGGAGCUUGUCACGCAGAUGAGAUAGGAUAUCUAUUUUAUAUGAAAAUGUUUAAUUCAAUGAACAUGAACGCAAGGGAUACGCUUAUGGUUGAAAGAAUGACAACAAUGUGGACAAACUUCGUAAAAUGGGGGUAA